AUGUUGCUGAGGCGGACUGCGCCGGGGGUGGUGGGCAGGCUGGCGAGGGGGCUCUCCGGGGGGCGGCCGCCGCGUGACGAUAAGUUUGCACGGGUGACGCAGGAGGACGUGCAGUACUUCAGGGAGGCGCUGGGGGCCGGGGGACGGUUGGUGACCGAUCGCGAGGGCCUGCAGGCGUUCAACAGGGAUUGGCUUGGCAACUUCGAGGGCGCCACUUCAGUGGCAGUUUGCCCAACGUCCACACAGCAGGUGUCCAAAGUUCUCUCCUACUGCAAUGAGCGCUGCCUGGCUGUUGUUCCCCAAGGGGGCAACACGGGGCUGGUGGGUGGCAGUGUGCCAGUGCACGACGAAGUUGUGCUCAGCACAUCAGCCAUGGACAAUAUCAUCAGCUUUGAUGAGGUCAGCGGGAUAUUAAACUGCCAGUCCGGGUGCAUAUUGCAAGCCUUGGACACUUACUUGGCAGAGAGGGGCCACACGAUGCCACUGGACCUGGGUGCUAAAGGUUCUUGCCAGAUCGGUGGCAACGUGUCAACAAACGCUGGUGGUGUUAGAUUGCUGCGGUAUGGAUCCCUGCACGGCAGCGUGCUGGGCCUGGAGGUGGUGCUUGCAAAUGGCGAGGUGCUGGAUUUGUGGCAAAGCCUCAGGAAGGACAACACUGGAUAUGACCUGAAGCAGCUCUUUAUCGGGGCUGAGGGCACUCUGGGCAUCGUGACCGGGAUGUCCCUCCUGUGCCCUGCCCGCCCCACCUCUGUCCAAGUCUCCUUUCUCUCCUGCAAAUCCUUCCCUGACGUGCUGCACAUCUUCCGACUUGCCAAGCAGCACCUGGGUGAGGUCCUGUCGGCUGUGGAGUUUCUGGACCGAGAGUCCCUGGUGACGGCACUUGAGCACAUGCCGGGCAUAAGGAACCCACUGCCAGAUGGCACAUCGCCAUUUUACAUGCUGGUGGAGACCUCAGGCAGCAGCGAGACACAUGACAAAAACAAGGUGGAGGAGUUUCUGGCGGAGGUGAUGUCUGCGGGUCUGCUGGUUGAUGGGGCCCUUGCACAGGACACCUCGCAGGCAUCAAACAUGUGGCGCGUGCGGGAGGGCGUGACAGAGGCGCUGGUGCGAAGGGGCAAGGUCUACAAAUAUGACGUUAGCCUGCCCCUCGCCGAGAUGUAUGCACUUGUAGAGGAGAUGCGGGAGCGGCUGCCCGGCGACAGUAUCCGCGUGGUGGGCUACGGCCACGUGGGAGACGGCAACCUACACUUGAACAUAUCAGACGCCCGCGGCAAGGAGCGGCAGGAAGUGAGGGAGGCCAUCGAGCCGUUUGUGUACGAGUGGACGCGGGAGAGAAGGGGGAGCAUUAGCGCGGAGCACGGGUUGGGGCUCAUGAAGGCGGAGUGCAUCAGGUAUUCCAAGCCAGAGGCGGCCGUGAGGAUCAUGGGUGCCGUGAAGAAGAUGCUUGAUCCAAAAGGAAUCCUCAAUCCGUACAAGGUGCUGCCACGGGAUGUGGUGCACGAAGGUUGCUAG